CUUUUCAAACCAAUUAAGAAAAAUGGCAAAGUUUAUUAGCUUUCUUCUUUUCUCCACCAUUUUAUGUUCAUUUCUCAUUUCAAGCAUGUAUGCUAGAAAUAUUCCUUACAAUUCGUCCAUCACGUACCUCAAUGAUCUAACGUACAAUCAAACUCGACGUGUCUGUGACAAGUCGAGGUUUGCCAAGCUUGGGUUGGACAUGAACGAUUUCACGUACUGUGACAAGUCACUCCCAUACGCAGUUCGGGUUAAGGAUCUGAUCGAUAGGAUGACAUUGUCAGAAAAAGCUCGACAAAUUGGAGAUACUGCUUAUGGAGUGGCUAGAAUUGGCCUUCCUAAAUAUGAGUGGUGGUCAGAGGCAUUACAUGGAAUUUCUAACGUUGGACAAUCAAAUAGUUUAGCCUCAUUUUUUGACCAUAUUGUCCCUGGGGCUACAAGUUUUCCAACUGUUAUUACUACUGCUGCCUCUUUCGAUGAGUCAUUGUGGAAAGCAAUAGGACAAGCUGUUUCAACAGAAGCAAGGGCCAUGUUUAACCUAGGACAUGCUGGUCUAACAUUUUGGAGUCCAAAUAUUAAUGUAGUAAGAGAUCCUAGAUGGGGUAGAGCUUUAGAAACACCUGGUGAAGAUCCAUUUGUUGUUGGAAAAUAUGCCUCUAAUUAUGUUAGAGGCUUACAAGAUGUCGAGGGUACGGAAACCAAGUAUGCCACAGACUUGAACUCAAGACCUCUAAAAGUCGCAGCGUGCUGCAAGCACUACGCGGCUUAUGACGUUGACAACUGGCUUGGCGUUGACCGCUACCAUUUUGAUGCACGGGUGACUGAGCAAGAUAUGAUGGAGACUUUUCUUAAACCAUUUGAAAUGUGUGUUAAAGAAGGUGAUGUUACAAGUGUUAUGUGCUCAUAUAAUAAGAUUAAUGGCAUCCCAGCGUGUGCUGAUCCAAAGCUUCUAAAAGGCAAAAUUAGAGGAGAUUGGGAUCUUCAUGGGUAUAUAGUUUCAGAUUGUGAUUCUAUUGAGGUUAUGCUUAAUGACCAAAAAUGGUUAGGAGAUUCACCUGAAGAUGCAGUUGCACAAGGUCUAAAAGCAGGUUUGGAUUUGGAUUGUGGCAGCUAUUACACCAAUUAUGCUGGCAAUGCAGUGACACAAGGGAAAGUAAAAGAAUCAGAAAUUGAUGAAUCUCUCACAAACUUGUAUUUUGUGCUAAUGAGGUUAGGGUUUUUUGAUGGUAGUCCAAAAUUUGAAAAGCUUGGCAAGGAACAAAUUUGUUCUGAAGAACACAUUGAGUUAGCAACACAAGCUGCAAGAGAAGGAAUUGUUCUUCUCAAGAAUGAAGAUCAAGUUUUGCCUUUGACUUCCAAAAAGGUUAAAACUCUUGCUGUUGUUGGACCUCAUGCAAAUGCCACCAAAGCCAUGUUAGGCAAUUAUGCAGGUAUUCCUUGCAAGUUUACAACACCAAUACAUGGAUUAUCAUUGUACACCAAAGUGGACUAUCAAGCAGGAUGUGGAGAAGUUUUGUGCAAGAAUGAAAGCUUAAUAUUCCCAGCCAUGAGGGCAGCUAAAAAAGCAGAUGCAACAAUUAUAGUUGUGGGAUUGGAUUUAGAUGUUGAAGCUGAGAGUUUGGAUAGAGAAAAUCUAAAACUUCCUGGCUAUCAAACACAACUCAUAAAUCAAGUUGCUACUGUAUCAAAAGGACCAGUAAUUUUGGUGAUUAUGUCUGCUGGUGGUGUUGAUGUUACAUUUGCAAAAAAGAAUCAUAAGAUUAAAAGUAUAAUUUGGGCUGGAUAUCCUGGAGAAGAAGGUGGUAGGGCCAUUGCUGAUGUUGUUUUUGGAGGUCAUAACCCUGGAGGAAAAUUACCCUUAACAUGGUUUGAAAAUAGUUAUGUGGACAUGUUACCAAUGACAUCCAUGCCAUUAAGGCCAAUUGACAACUUAGGUUAUCCCGGAAGAACUUACAAAUUUUACAAUGGAUCCACUGUUUAUCCAUUUGGCUAUGGCCUUAGCUACACAAAUUUCACCUACAGCUUAUCGUCAGCACAUCAACAAGUUCACAUAAAACUCAACAAGUUUCAGCACUGUCGCGAUCUGAACUACACUGCAGGCACUCACAUGCCAUCGUGCCCUGCUGUGUUAAUCGACGACUUGGAAUGUGGGGAUGAUUUGAAUGUUGAAUUCUCUAUUGAAGUAGAAAACAUUGGAAAUAGAGAUGGAAGCGAUGUUGUGAUGGUUUAUUGGGUUCCACCUGAAGAUAUUGCUGAGGCUGCACUUAAACAAUUGGUUGGUUUUAAGAAGGUUUUUGUGAAAAUUGGAGAAAAAAAGAAAGUUGAUUUUGUGUUGAAUGCUUGCAAGAAUUUGGGAUUGGUGAACUAUAGAGCUUAUAAUCUUUUGGCUUCUGGUGGACAUAACUUUGUGAUUGGUGAUGGGAAGGUUUCUUUUCCGGUUCAAGUUAAAAUUCACCAUUGAUUGUAAUUCAUUUUUAAUUUAGGUAAGAAAAAACAAAAUGUUUAGCUUGAUUAGAAAUAGAAUUGUGUUUUUAGUUUAGUGUGGUGGUGUUGAUAUUUAGUGUUCUUGAAUCAGUAUCAAGAGAUAUUGUUUAGUUUGUGGAUUG